UACAUACCUUCAUACGUAAAUAGUACAUAGAGUAAAAUAAAAUGUGUGUAGUUUCAUAACUUUGGCAUUUCCUUCCAAAUUCUUGUUGAACAAAAUGCACAACGAGUUUUGUUUUCAUAUGCAAUACAGAGUUAACGGCAAGGCAACAGGGCGGAUAAGCAGAAGCAUAAGCAGCAAUAUUAGCGGCCAGAGGCAGCAACAGUUACACGAGAAGAACGAUAAGAGUAGCAGUCAGACGGGAUUGCGAUAAGAAAGAGGGAGAGAGAGAGAGAGGGAGAGAGAGAGAGAGAGAGAGAGAGAGAGGGAGAGAGAGAGAGAGAGAGGCAGAGAGUUAGACAGCAGCAGCAGAACGGACGACAUUAUCGAGAAGAAGCGUAGGUCAGAGAGACGAAGCGAUUAUUUGGAGAAUUCGUGGCGAGAGGUUGCGAGAGAGCGCGUGCGAGCGCUAUCAUGACGCAAUAGACAAUCCAAUGAAUGAAAUAGCAACAAACACAAUAGUUGGGAGCACAGCAAGUACAUACAUAUGUCGCCGACGCCUGCGGAAAUUGUAGUAGCGACAUCGGCGCCGCUAAGAGAACACAAUGACAAUGGCUACAAGUCGGCCAAAGCGGAGGCGGCGGCAGCGGCAGCGGCAGCGGCAGCGGCGCCAUCAACAGCGUCAGCGUUAACCAAAGGCAGCGGCACUGGCGAGGUUUCGCUUUCUGCUGCUGAAGCAGCGCAGCCGUCGUCGCUGCCACCAGAUAUCGGCUCAACCAGAGUGGGCAGCGAAGUGCUGAUAAUGACGCCAGAGCAAAUUGCCGAAGCUUACGAAAACUCUGUGCGAGAGGAAGAGCGUAAGAGAGCCAAAGUCGAAGAGAGCAAAGUGCGAUUCAAUCUGCCCGGCAUACGAAAAAAGGCCGUAGCCUUUCGUGACGGACUCUUGCUGAUAGUCGGCAAAUUUUUGACAUUCAUUUUGCAUUUAGACAUGCAUGGGGGCAACACCGGCAACAAUAUCAACUUCGUGGAGGGGCUCAUAGACUUUAUCGCCGGCUCGCUGGGCGGCGCCGCUCAAGUCUAUGUUUCCCAGCCGUUGGACACCGUCAAAGUGAAGCUACAAACAUUUCCCGAAACCUAUAAGGGCAUGUUUGAUUGCUUUAUUAGCACCUACCGCAGAGAUGGCGUCAUGCGGGGCCUCUACGCUGGCUCCGUGCCGGCGGUCUUUGCAAAUGUGGCCGAAAAUUCAGUGCUCUUUGCCGCCUACGGUGGCUGCCAAAAGUUUGUCACCUAUGUGGUUGGCAAGGAGCUGGCCAGCGAAUUGACAACCACGCAAAACGCAUGCGCCGGCUCUCUGGCCGCCUGCUUCUCCACGUUGACUCUCUGUCCCACUGAGCUGAUCAAGUGCAAGCUGCAGGCCCUGCGCGAGAUGAAACACUUUGUGGAGCCCACCCAAACGGCCGACCUUCGCACGCCAUGGACGUUAACACGUUACAUCUGGCGCACCGAAGGCAUACGCGGGUUUUAUCGAGGAUUGGGCUCCACAUUUAUACGCGAGAUGCCCGGCUAUUUCUUCUUUUUUGGCAGCUACGAGGGCACACGCGAGCUGUUGCGCGGUAAGGAUCAGACAAAGGAUGAAAUUGGACCGUUUAAGACAAUGGUUGCCGGGGCCGUUGGCGGUGUCUGUCUGUGGACAUCAACAUUCCCAGCAGAUGUCAUAAAGAGUCGCAUUCAGGUGAAGAACCUCAAUGAGGGCAUGUUCAGUGUCGGUGCGGAAAUAGUUCGACGAGAGGGAGUAUUGGCCCUAUAUCGCGGACUGUUGCCAUCAGUACUACGCACCAUUCCGGCCACGGCCACCCUGUUCGUUGUCUACGAGUAUACCAAGAAGGCUCUCCAUGGGGCGAUGUGACUGUGACCUGUGACAGUUAAGACAGGCGUGGGCGUUGGCGUGGGCGUGACCGCGGGCGGUUACAACAAAUAAGCUCACGCUGCCAGUGCUCCAUUGCAAACAAUUUCUGAUUCUGUUGCCUUUGUUAUUUUAUUAUUAUUUUCGCUAUAAUUACUACUAUCAUUAGUAUAAUAUUGCUGAGAUCAUCCACAUCCUGCCCAGCAUCACUCGU